AUGCGCGAUCAAAACGAGAAGAUGUCGUCAGGACCAGAAAAUACCGCUGUAGGGCAAAAGCACGAUCCUUCCAUUGAGAAUUCGCUCGUCAACUACGGACAAUUACCAGGAUGGCGCCAAGAAAACCAAUACAUCGUCACCAAAUACCGUUCCGCCCGCAAUUCAUACCGCCAAUCCAUCAAAAGCCUCACAUACCUCCAUAACGAGACCGGAAACAUCUACACCCACCUACUCUUCUUAGUCACUGUUUUGCUUCUCACCACCUACAACCUACCGCAACUAGGCGGCCCAAAACAGUGGUUCCCCUCCCCACGCAACGGUGAUUUACUGGCAUUGUCUGCAUUCCUCGGCGGUGUGGUACUGUGCAUGUCAUUCUCCGUCACGUACCACAUCGUCCUCGACCAUUCAGAAUCUGUGGCGACGGCUGGCAAGCAGUUGGAUUUUGCGGGCAUCACGUGUCUUAUCUGGGGCAGUUUGAUUGCGACGCUAUACUACACGUUCACCUGCGAGGUAGAGCUCAUGCGCACCUAUAUGCUCAUUGUAAGUUGA